AUGUCUGCCCCCUUUGAGAGCGCUGCGAGCCCUGCACCGUGCGCAUGCACUAAUAUAUCGCUUAUGCAAUUGUUCCAUGAACUUAAACAGAAAUUUCCUGGAGUACCUGAUCAUGUUGUGUCGAACACCAUCGAAUUGUACUGUCAUGAUAAACAAGCCUGUGAGAAGCACCUCCAUAGCGAAGUCAAGGCCUCCCUAACACACGCCUAUCAUGCGUCCUCAUCGGCGGCCGCUCGUCAACUCAAUGAACUCAGAUUAAACUUACCCAUCAAGUGUCGAAACCAACCUAUAGUGAAGCAUGAAGUGGAACAAUCAAUAGCACUUCAGUCUGUUACAUGUCAAGGUCCACAGAAAGCAAUAUUGAGCUGUAGCACACCAACACUUGAGCCAGAGAAGCAGCUUAUCACUGAGCCAGAGAUCCUACUGAACACUGAGUUUCAAAAUAAGCUGAACACUGAUGCCAAUCAAAAUAUUGUGGAGAUUAAAAAUGAUGAAUCUAAUAGAAAUAACAACAACACUUCACCAAUAACUGUUAUCAAUAUUGAUAGUUGUUUCGCUAAAUAUAAUGCUGAUUCGCCUAGUGAUUUGGAAUUGACGAAUGAAAAUCUCAAACAAAACAAAGUUACAUCACCUAUAUUACCAUUAAAAGAAACAUCAAAUUCACUUCAAAAAGAUCAGACAAAUUUAGAACAACCAGAAAGUACAAAUUAUAAGAUUUUGAAGAGUCAUAAAAUUAAAAGCAACUUACCAGAGAGAUUAGAAAAGGGUAAAGAGAAGAAAACUAUUAAAAAAGAAGAACCGGCACCCAUAAAACUAACACAAGACAAACCAAUACGACCAAACACACUUAAUUUCAUUAAACCGAAUCCAGAGAAUGCAUUUAAACCAACACUAAGAGAGCCAGAGAUUGAAACUUGCAGAACAAUCUCACCAGCACCUUCUGUUUCAAGAAACGAAAAUCAACCAAUAAAAGAAGCCAAACCAAAUACAGCAUUUCGCCCCGAGAGAGGGUAUCCGUUAAAUUUGUCAGUUAAUGUCAAUUGUCAUAUGGACUUAAGUCGUGGUUAUGGUGAUCCUUGGUUAGAAGACUAUGAUAGUCCUAGAGCAAUUACAUCUGUGAACUUGACUGUUUGUACUCCUACUUCAAGCAUGGCGAGCCCUGUGAGAGAUACACGGGAAGAAGAUGGAGGGUUUGAGGGUCAUGUGACAGUUACGGUGAGCCCGAGCACAGCUCGUGCACCUAGGCGUCGGGCGCCUCCACCGCCAUCACAGCCAUCAAGGUUGGAGACUUCACCGAGACCUACCAGAGUGGCACCUGAUCCUCCUGUAUCAACUGUUGAUCGAUCGCUAAUAGAACGCCAAAAGGAAAGGCUGGAACGAUUAGCGAUGGCGUUGGCCCAGGAGAAAGGGCGACUGGCCCAACUGACCAAAGAAACGCGGAUCUUGGCGGGGCCGCCGCCAUUACCGUCGGCCACUCAGCGGCUCCGAGAUGACGUUGAGAGGUUGCGAAACCAGUGUGGAUCUCUCGCAAAAAGACUCGAAAUGACUGGCAAUGAACCAGACGAUUCAGGGAAUUUCUACAGCAACAUCUACACCGGCCAGCGGCCGUCGUCGUCCUGGCAGUGCCACAUGUGUACGUUCAGGAAUCACCCACUCCUCGAUAAGUGUGAGGAGUGCGAUAUGCCACGGAUAUUAGUAGGUACGUCCCCAUCACCCCUUAGGACACAGGACUCCGGCUUCGGCUCCUUCCGUGACCACAGCCGAAGAGGCGCUAACCUACCGCCCACACUAACUCAAACUCAAUCAGCCUAG